CUCAGAGUAUUUCUGUGACUGGCUUGAAUUGAAAUAAUUGUGUGUUUCAUAGUUAGAGAGCGUUCUCUCGCGCCGCUAGUCGUCAUUAUUUUGAAGGUUGGGUGACAGUUGACGGAAGUGAAGUGGUCUUGCUGUUGGAGCGGAAGCAUGAGCCAGAAUAGUUGUACUCGCGGGAAAAAUGGCGGAAAUGUGUGCUCUUAUCACGUUAUCAACACCAGCGAUUCAAAACAUUGCCUCCUAAGCCUCAUCCAAUGCGUAUGUCACAGCUGUGUCUUUAGUUAAGGCUGUGGGUUUAGAGAGGAAUGCAAGAUGCAAGAAGAAUCAAUGCACAUCUCUUCCUCUGAAAACAAUCGAGCUCAAGAAUCCCCGAAAAACACUUACCAGUGUAGUCACUGUCCACUCAGCCUCAAAUCCAAGAUCUACCUUUUUGAACACCUCAACAAGGAGCAUGGCUUUGAUGUAGAUGCUGCUCUCAGAGAUGCUGGUUUAAAAAACCCUGGGACUACCAAAGCCAGCACUGACGACAGCAGUUUGGGAAACAACUUUGAAUGCCAGCAGUGUGAUUUUAAAAGUGGUAGUCAGGAUGUUUUGAAUGAACAUGAGAAGCGCUGUCAGAAAAAAUCAGAGGAUCGGAACAUGAUUGGGAAUCCAGUCAUUUCCGAGAACCAGGAGACCAAAACUACAUUGAAAAAUGAGCACAGGGAUGCCGUAGGAGCAAAAGCGAUUUCCUCUGCUUCCUCAGUUAAGCCUACCUCAAAAACUAAAUCCAUGCUUAACUCAUCAAAGGACGUGAAAACAUACAAGAGGCCACUGCAGACCAUCACCAAGUUCUUUAAGGCAUCUGGAUCAAACAGGAGUCCCCCAGCGAAGUUAGCUGACGGCUCCAAAGAAACCCUGCUCUUGCAAGAAUCUCCCUCAGACUCCAGUCCAAACAGUAGUGGUGUGUUUAAAGUCACUGCAAAGCCCACGAUUGAUAUAACCGGAAGGGCUAAUUACUGCUUUUUGUUAGAUGACCAACUUCAAAUUACUGAUCUGAGAGCACCAAAGCCUAAGCAACAUUUAACAGAAACAGCACCUGACAACAUUGGCAAGAGGUCUAGUAACACAAGCUCAAACCACCCCCCUGCUAAAAAAGCAAAGUCAGACAAAGACCAGGCAGAACUCCAACAGGACACGAAUGCCAGUAAGCAGCAAUCUACAAGCAGCACAGAGCUUGCAUUAGAGUUUAGUGAAGAUGAAGAAGAAAAGAAGGUUAAUCUUGUUAAUGGAGACAUGGGAAGCGCAGAAGUUUAUUUUUGUAAGCACUGUGACUUCAGUGACGUGAGCAUUAGAAGUGUGUCUACCCAUUAUCAGAAUGACCACCCAUACGUUAGGUAUACCACCGUUUACAUCCAGGAUCCUGGUGAUCAGAGUGCUACCUUUCGUUGUCUGGAGUGUCCAGUUGAGUUUUCUCGUGGAGCUGACCUGAAGAGACACUACACGGAAAAUCAUCCAGAGGCCCCCAAUGUAUUCACAAUGCAACCAAGUGAACUAUGUUUGCUUUUCAAAUGUUUUGUGUGUCCAUUUACCACAAAUGCUCUGAAAGCCUUGAAAGAACACUACAAGGAAGAGCACCCGAUACAUAGUGUGGAUAAUUCAUUGAUGUACUGCAGAUUUUCCACAACUAGAUGCCAAGAGGAACAAUCUGAGUCGUAUACAUGUGAAAAAGCUGGCAGUCCAGAAAAGCCACCAGAGAUUUCUCACGGGAGUGCUCAUACACCAUGUAAGGAAGUCAAUCCCACCUCCACAUCAGCGGAUGUGGCAAUGUAUCAUUGCAACAAAUGCAAGUUUAGUCAUAAGUCAGUUGUCGUUAUGCAUGUCCAUUACCAAAAAAGCCACCCUGAUGAAGCAGUCACGAUAGACAAAAUCAAACAGUCAGGUCAAAAUGUGUUACAUACAUCUUCGCAGCUCAUGCCUGAUAACUGUCCCAAGUCAGUGACAAUAAUAGAAAAAUCUCCACCUCAAAAGAAGAUCCUGGAUCGUUCAAAGACAAAAAGAAACAAAGCUGAGCUUUUACAGCAAACAAACUCUUCGCUGUCUACGAUAAAUCCUAAGCAAACAACAGAAGCUUCUGAGACUCCUCCAGAGUCUGACAACACUGAGACAAUGGAAUCUGCGAGUGAAGAAAAGAAGUCACCGACUGAACAGAGUGAGGAAACAUCUCCUGGGAUAAACAGUCUUAACAGCAGUGAAACAAGUGAAUUGUUGUACUGCCAGUUUUGCACUUAUUCAAGCACCAACAUUAAAAGUGUUGCUGGUCAUCAUAACGCAAAACAUUCUGCAUAUCCAACAUAUUAUGACGAGAUCUUAUGGUACAGUGCUGAGAUGAGGAAAAAGAAACUUGAGGCUAAGGCUAAGUUAUCAGCCCGUGCUAAGACCUCUAAGUCUAAAUCUAGUAAACAAGUUGAGGUGUGUAGUGAACGAGAACAUCGGCAUGAAGAGGAUAAGCCAGCAGAUAAUGCCUAUGCAUGUGCAGAAAACUUGUUUUACUGCCAAAAGUGCAACUAUGGAAAUCCGACUCCACAGGGAGUAUUGAACCAUCAAGCCAAAGGUCACCAAAACAUAAAAGGCAACAUGGAACAAGUUAUUGAAUAUACAGCUUUGAUUCGCGCUGAAAUUGAAAAGUCAAAACAUCAAGCCAAGAAUUUAUCAUUUUCUGGCUAUCUACCUCUUCCUCUUGUGAACGAGGGCGAUGAAAAUAUGUUUUUCUGCCACUUUUGCAACUACAGACAUAGUAAUCUCCCCUAUGUAAUGGUGCAUUUCAUGAAACAGCAUCGAGGAUUUGGUGCUCAGAGCGCACAAGUCAGUCAGUAUACUUCUAUGGUUUACGCACAGACACAGAAAUCACACCUUAAAACAGCUGUGAGCCAAGAAGUCAAUCAUGCAUCCCGUGAGAAAAAACAAAUUAAAAAGAAAAAAAAAAUCAAGCUUAGCAAAGAUUUAGCAUCACCUUUAAUAGGAGCCACAGAUCAAACACAAAGGAGCCUUCAGUGCCAUAGAUGUACAUACACCACUCAAACUGUGAGUGUUUUGAGGAGGCACAUGUGGAAAGCCCACAAGGCAAAUCGCUCAGUCAUGGAAAUGUUAAGAGUGUGUUAUAGACAAGGAGAUGUACAGACAGGGUACCACUGCGACCUGUGUGUUUUCUCUCAUGAAGAAGCAUUGGCCAUCUAUAAACACUACCAGGAACAACACCCAGUGCGUAAAGUAAGCCUUGAGUACGUAAAAACUCGGUUGUAUGUCAGCCCCGAAACAUGCUACCCUAAAAGGAAGAAACCUCAAACAAAGCAGUUUGAUGGUAUUAGUGAAGGUAAUGGCGCUGAUGGAAGCUCUCUAUCUCAAAGAUCUGGACAAAAUGAAACCAAGAUGUACUCUUGCAAGGCAUGUUCAUUUAAAAGUAGCUCCAUGUCAGGUAUCACUAGCCACUACCGUGCUGUUCACCCUUGGUCUGUGAAAGAAGAUGGCUCAGUCCUGGAUGUCACUGACAGUAAGAGGCAGAGUGCAAACCAGCAAGUGGAAGAUCACAGCGAGCAGCCUGUUUCUUUUGACACCUACCAAGCACCUCUUGACUUUGAAAACUCACCUGGUUCAUCUCACAAAGCCGUUUCGCACAAAAAAGCUCAAAAGAUCAAGUGCCCUUACUGCCCUGCAAGUUUCCCUACCCAGCAUGGCCUCAGUGUUCACUGUGGAAUGAAACACCAUGAAGUUGUAUCUGAAAAUGUAGAUGAACAUCAACAAGAGCAAGGGCAAAUCCAAAACCGUGUGCAUGUCUUUAAGUGUCCACAUUGUACCUAUGUAAAUACCAAUUACCAAGGCGUUCUCACUCACUGCCAAAUGAGGCAUCCUGCCCUCGUGUCCAGGGCAGACAGUCUUUACGUGGAUGAAGCACAUUUACACAACUGGGAGGACUGCGUGAAAAGUAACGGUCCUGGUUUCAAACUUUGUGGGUACAUGUGCGAAACCUGCCCACAAAUCUGUGCAACGCUGGAGAAGCUGAACAAGCACUGUGAAGAGGGCCACAAUGAGACUGAGGGAGACACAGUGCCAGACGAGCCCCAAUCGGCUCCCCAACCAUCCACUGUGGGUAAAAAGAAAAAACAUAUGAGCCACAGCAAUCAGGGUUCAGUAUCCAAAGCUUCCUUUUUGAAUAAGAAAACAUAUGCAGUGCUCAGAUGCCAGUCCUGCCCUUAUCAAUGCACCACGAAACUCGGGCUUGCUCGACACUUGCAGAUUCGCCACAAGAACGCGCCUCUCUCAAAGGUUUUGGAUGGUCUUUACAAGUGCGCCUUGUGUUCCAAUUUCUAUUUCAAGAAAAAGCGACUGGCAAGCCAUUAUGCUAAGAAACAUGGAAAGGAAGCCUUCUUAAAAUACUAUGCACCAGUAUACAAGCAGGUCCUUGAGAAGUCAACGCCAACAGCUCCUGACUGCCCUGUUCCUCAGCAACCAGAAGACACUUCUGAGGCAUCUAAAUCCAGCACGAUGACAGAAGGUGAAAGCAAAAAAAUGGUUUACAAGUGUCCAAGUUGUCCCUAUGUGAAUGCUAGCUACCAUGGCACGCUCACUCACUGCCAAAUGAAGCAUCCAGACGUCUUAGCCAGGGCAGACGAACUUCAAACCUGUGAGAUACUCGUAACCGACCUGGUCGAGUGUAAAAAGGGAAAAGGUUUUAAUGAAAGAGGGUACAUGUGUAAAACAUGUCCGCAAAUUCACAUAUCGCUGAAGAAACUGAAACUCCACCAUGAGAGGGACCACAGUCCAUUUGAGGCAGCAGCUCCUGAACAUUCAGUUGAAGUUGAAGCUGAAGAACAACCCGAUGACAGUUCUGUGGGCACAGUUUUAGAGGCUAUCUCUCUAAAAAGCGGAACACCCGAAGUGAGCACCACAGAACUUGACACCAGUCAAGAGUUGGGCACUCCAGAGACAUGUCAGUCAAACCCGGCGUUGGUACAGGACAAGAAACCACUGUACAAAUGCCGCAUUUGUCCCUAUAUGGGAUCGGUCCGGAAAUACCUGUAUUGUCACUACAAGAACACUCACAAAUUGGAUUCAUUUAACACAUGCAAGCUGCUCGAGAGGUACAACAAACGCAAGGCCAGGAAACUGCCCAAACCUAAACUGGUGGAGAGUACACAGGUCAAAUGUAAGAUGUGUCCAGACUUGACGUUUGACUCAUCUCAGCUGCUUAUUGACCACUAUAGUACAUCUCAUAACUCAGAUCGCAUAUUGGACUUCAUUGUGUUAUCACAAGCAUCAAAGAAGACCACAGGGCUUUACAAAUGUGCCCUCUGCAACAAACAAAUGAACGGCAUCAGAAAGCUGAGUCUUCAUCUGGAUCAUCACAGAGAGACGGCGAAAGAGAUGGCAAAUGCUGCAGUGACCAAGGCGUCAUUUGUCUUUAAGAUUACACCAGAAGACAAAACCAUUGAACCCAGCAGAGAGGAUGAACUGCCCUUGCUAGAAACUGUGGAGGACCUGGCUCAGUGGAAUGUGACACCCGUGGAGACAUUCACUGCACCACAAAGUCCUCCGUCGUCACCGAUGAAACUUGCUGACCAAGAGCAACCGUGCCAGGACUCGAGAGAGGAUGAGCUCACUUGCAAACAAUGUGGACGAACAUUUAUGUCGAUGAGAGGUUUGCACCUGCACGAGCGCAGCCAUGCUGCCGUGGCGGCCAUUAAAAAACAGAACAACCUGUCUACCUCAGCAUUAAAGCAAAAUAUUAACAAAUACGUCGUCUACAAAACUGGGACAAUGAGGCCUUUCCUAUGUAGCUUCUGUACCUUUCGGACAACCGUCAUGGACCUUUGGAGGAGUCAUUUUAUGAAAAAACAUCUAGAUGUCGUUAUGGGUUUUACUGAGACUGACAACCAAGAUGAGGAGAGCCGUCAGACGCCCGACAAGGAGCCCCCUAAUUCAUCAGAGGGAAUGAACAAUUUUUCUGAACCUGAGGAAGAACCUGAAAUUACUGAAAGAUCGCUGUACUUGGAGCCCCCAGAUGUGCAGCGGCAGUUGAACCACUAUAGCUUGAUGGCGAAGGCAGGUGCUGCAUCAGAAGCGAACAUGCAGGAAACACCGUUGGAUAACAGGCUGCUUUACUGUGAAGUCUGCAAUUUCAACACCGAAUACCUGUCUAGUAUGCGACGGCACUACCUAAAUCGCCAUGGAAAGAAGAUCUUCAGGUGCAAGGACUGUGACUAUUUCACUGGUUCAAGGAAAACCCUGGAGAUGCAUGUGGAGACGGGUCACUCUACAUGCCAGUCAAAACCUACCCAUCAGAGAGACCUCCGCUGCCCUUUCUGCCUCUACCAGACCAAGAACAAGAACAACAUGAUUGAUCACAUCGUCUUACAUCGUGAGGAACGCGUUGUGCCAAUAGAGGUGCGUCGGCCAAAGCUGUCGCGUUACCUUCAAGGCAUUGUCUUCCGUUGUCACAAAUGCACUUUCACAAGUGGCAGUCCUGAAAACCUGCGUCUGCACAUGACGAGGCACGAUGACAUCAAACCCUACAAGUGUCGGCUGUGCUACUUUGACUGCACUCAGCUGGGCGACUUGGAGGCACACCUGAGUGAUAAGCAUCAGGUUUUGAGGAAUCACGAGCUUGUUGGUCAGAUGAGCCUUGAUCAGCUAGAGGCAAGGGUUGGCAGGAUGCCAGAGGAGGAAGAGGAGCGUCUGUCUGACUUGGAGUGCCUCAACAACGACAGUGAGGAUGUAAAAACAGAGAGUUUUGUUACAGACUUCAGUGAAGUUCAAGCUGAGAACUCUGUGGAAGAUAACCACAGAGAGAAUGUUACACUAGAGUUAAACAAAGCAGGUCAGAAGCAAUGGCAGGAUGGCAAGAAUGGACAUAAAGAAAUUCCUGUUAAGACCUCUGUUUUGGAAUCUCAGUAUGAGAAUACAAAACUAAACCCCACUAUUAAAGAGAAUAAUGAGCAGGAGCCACAAGAACAAGCAAAAACUGUGUUCUUGCCAAACAAUGCAAAAGGACAGGAGAUCGAAAGUAUAGCAGGACUGAAAGUUUGUGAAGGGAUCAGUGUGGAUAUCCAGUAUGGGAAUCAUGAAGAGAGGCAGACAAAAGAGAAUCAAGCCCAAACCAAAGUCAGAGAUGGUGAAGACAGCGCGGUAACGAUCACGCAACAAAAAGAGGAAGCAGCAGAGGGUAGCUCAACAACAUAUGAGAAAAUAGCUGAAAAAGCACAGGCCCAGAAGCCAUGUGUAAAGGCGCUAAAUCACAGAACGUUAAACAUCGAGGCUAGGGUUGAAGAUGACGUACUACGUCAAAUCUUCCUGCUAGAUGAGGAUGGCAGCAUCCGCACAAUACACAAGAAGGCAGAUCUGGACAAAACAGUUAAGACAGAGAAGGAGAUCGAGCAAGAGGUUGUAAAUAAUAUUCUAAAUGAGAUCCAGAUGCUGGAUGGAGAGGGCAGCAUCACUUUGGGCCACAACCGAAAAAAUCAUGUUAAUACAGAGUCAGCUUCAGCUUCAGCUUCUGCAAAGACAAAUCAAAGGAACGCGCUUACUCUUGGUCCCAACUGUGGGCUCAUUAAAAUGAGCCAAAAGCGAAGCUUAGGUGUCUUGUUUACAAACUGCAAAGAGACACAAGUGGAAAAUAAGAAAAACUACGAGGAGCUAAGAGACAAUGAUGAGGAAAUGCCAGAACUUGAGGAUGAAUAUCUAGAAGAAGAAAAGGGCCCACUGGGUAGUUGCAAGGAGCAAGAUGAGACUGAUGAGCAUGAGCUGAAGCAGGACGAGGAGGAUGAGAUGAUCACCGAAGACGACGGAAACAAGUGCACAAAUCGGGGACACCAGGGGAGUGACGGGACACAGGAAGCUGAGAAUCCACCUGUGCCCAAAGGUGCGCUCACUGUCAGAGAUGGAGCAUCUACAGAGGAGAAACUGUUUACAUGUGACCUCUGUGGACGAAACCUCACCACCAGCUCUGAACUGAAGCAGCACAUUGUGCGACAUAGGAUAUAAUGUUUGUCUUUGUGUUGAGGAUGGCAGUUGGAGUUUCGCAUGGUGAUUUUUGUGUUGGAAGCUAGAUUUUAUCUUCAUGGACUGUCCUCUACACUCUCACAGCAAUUUGUGUUUCUGAACAACCUGGUUUUUCAUGUUUUGAAGAUUUUAAACUUUUUCUAAUUAAAUGUUUUUAUGGUAAAGAUUUGGAUAGAAUUUAAUUUUGUGAGUCAAUAAAUUCAAGCUUCAGAACCAGUGUGGUGAAUGUAUGGAGUGCGGCAUGUUGUCAUUAAGAAGUUGUUUUACAUUUGUUUCGUUUAAAGACACUAACAGAUAUGCAUGAAUAACUCAUGUGAAGAUCUUUUUCUUUUAUGAAAAAUAUUAUUAUUCUUUAUGAUAAUGGAAAUAUUAAUCAGAGAUUAUUACUGUAAAACAUCCACAAAUCUCUACACUGUGAACUACUGUUGCAUAUAAACUGGCAUUGAACCUCCUUGUUCAAUAUCAUGACCUGGACCAACCUCAGCUCCACAGAUGUGGAAAUGCUUGUGCUGCCUUCAAGUGCCGUUGGGUAUUUGAAUACAAGUUGUUGUAUAGCUUUCCAGGGAAGUAAAUGCUUCCAAGUACAAUACAAGCUGUAUUACAUUUGAUGUGCUGUAUUAAUAAUAAAUGUAUGUUUACUUUGUAACGUUUUUGUCGUAUGGUACAGUUGUUUUUGUAAAUAAACUUAAAGUCUGAUUUACAUACCUGA